CAAGGUAUACUUUUGGGUCACAUUUCGUUGUCCCCAUUUUACCUCUCCGUUACCUCCCUCCUCUCUCUUUCCUCCGGCGGGAGAAGAUAUCGGUCGUCUUCGCUCGAAUCCCUUCUUCGGCUCAUCGCCGUCAGGGAUCUCUCUCCUUGGACCUCCGGUUCCAGUGGGCAGUACAGAAUCUAGCUUCUCAGUCAACAGAUUUUCCUUUUUUUUUUUUCUCUUAACGAUUGACAUUCCGUUCCUUCAUUUGAGUUUGAGUUGGGAUUAUUGGGUUAUCGCAACAUGUAUUCGAUCUGGGUUAGUCGUAGGAGGCUCAAUUAGCUGGAAGUUUUAGAUAUAGAAACGAAGGAACUGAUUCUUUUUAGUAGACAAGCAUACUCGUGCAUUGCACCUCCAGGAAUGAGUUUGGAGAAUGACGAUCCGUUACUUGAAAGAAGUUCUGAAACUCAGAGGAAAACUAAAGUACGCUAUACGCGAGAUGAGCUUUUAUCUUUCAGCAAACUUUCCGACAAAUUGCCUGAUGAAUUUGAUGCUUCAGUUUUGAGUGAAUUGAAUGAAACGUCUAAUAGUGUAAAUGAGAGGCAACGAGGUUUUGGAGGCUUAACCUUUCAGAGCACGAAGCAUAGCGAUUUUACCUCACAACCACCAUACAGGUCAGAAGUUGCAGGGAGUUAUUCUCGAGGAACCUCUGGGAGAUGGGAUGCACAAUCGAACUAUAGAGAUGGGGACCUCCAAGCUAAUCGUGAAACAAGUACACAAGAUAUUGGACGACAAAUUGGAAUACAAUCCAGAUGUUAUGCUCAACAGGAUGAGCAUGAUGGACUUUUGGGCAGUGGUGCUUUCCCAAGACCUUCAGGUUAUGGCAGACCAUCAACAGAAAAAUCAAGGGCAACUAGCCAAUUUCAACUCAAUAAGACUUCUGAACCCUAUCAACCCCCACGGCCUUAUAAGGCUAUACCUUUUCAACGGAAGGACAAUAGAGAUUCAUGUAAUGAUGAAACAUUUGGUUCAACUAAUUAUUCAAGUGAGGACAGAGCUGGAGAACUAAGGAGAAGAGAAUCCUUUGAGCUAAUAAGAAAGGAACAACGGAAAGCACUGCAGGAUAAGCAAAACAACCAUAAACACAAUCUUGAUCCUGAUAUUGCUACAUUGUUUGAGGAUUCUGAUGAUAAGAAAAGUACAAUCAGCAAAACUGACAAGGAAGAUGUUUCUUCACUAUCUAAAAUUCAAUCUCCUAGGUCUCCUUCUAUGCAUGCACCUGUAUCUCGGCCACUUGUGCCACCUGGGUUUGCUAGUACAGCAAUGGAUAAAAUCCUUCCCGUUCAAUCUAAUUGCUUUGCAUUAGAGAACAAUUCUGUCUCUAUUCUUGAAAAGUUACUCGGUGGUUUUCUACAAACUUCUGGUAGCUCAUCUGCUUCCUCUUCUAAUCAGGGUCUUAAGACGGAUGAAGAACCAUGGACAUCUUCAGUUUCUGUAUCUUCUAAGUUCGCAAGUUGGUUUGUUGAGGAAGAAAACAGGCGUUCAGAAGAUUUUUCAUCAAAGAAUUUACUUUCAUUGAUUGUGAAUAAUGAUAAAGUUGGCUCAUCAAAUUUUACAGUUUCUCAUGCCAAUGUAUUUGAACACGGGGAAUCAGGCAGUACUGAUAUAACUAAUACUACACUCAAAUUUGAUGUGUCUCCGACAACUGUUUCGGAAAUUGGGAUCUCUGAACAAUAUCAUCAAGUUGAUAAGCUAAAUUCAAGUCCUGUUGUACUUACAUGUGAAGACCUUGAGCAGUCAAUCUUGGCUGAUAUCGAAGGGGGGCCAAGUCUACAGCAUACGGUACAGGAACCUGAGACAAGAACAGGUGGAAAACCAGAACAUCCAAAAUCUGAUAUUGACGAGCAUGUUUCGCAACAUCUUCUUUCUUUGUUGCAAAGGGGAACAAAAAAAGAAGAGACGGUGUCGGGGACUUGUGUAGGUGUUGAUUUCUUUGAUAAAUUGUCUUUGACUGGUAAAAGUUCUUUGAAUUAUCCAAUUCCUGAUAAGGGCAUUGUUGAGGUACCAUCCUGCUCAGAUAAAACCCUGACUCUUGAAACAUUGUUUGGGGCUGCAUUUAUGAACGAGCUUCAAUCGGCUCAAGCACCUGUUUCUACACAGAGAGUGGCAGAUGGUGGAACCAACACUUAUGCCUUCCAAUCAUCGGCUGGAUUUCCCUUUCCACAUUCUGAUGGUAGUUUCUUUUCUUCUAGUUCUGGAGAUUAUCAGCCAAAUAAACCUGUUCAUCACAGUGACACACUACCUCCAGGCACUGUCUCUUUUGAAGAGAAAGUUGUCAACUUUCAUUUGCCAGGUGAACAAAGUUUGAUUAUUGAUAAUGAUGCUCUGGAAUCUGCAACCUCAGAUUCUCUUUCCUUUCCUAAUACACGUAAAAAUGAGGAGCUAUUUUCCAAAAUGAAUGAAGGACAUCUUAAGGAUAGUUUGCGUAAUGCCAUUCCAAGAGGUGCAGAAGAUAUUCCAACAACCAUGUUGGAUGGCUCUUUUCAGAGGCCCCGUGACCUGGUAAAUGCUGGUGCUCUUCAUCAUCAUUUGCAGGGAAGGACAUUAUCUCAUACCGUCAACCACGCUAUGCCUCUACACCCAUUGUUGAAUCAUCUCGCUAAUGGGGAUGAGCAAAUGAAGCAUGUUAACCCCCAACAGAAUUUUCAUGACCCUCAAAGUUUUCUUGAAAAUCUUGUUCCGCAUAAUAGUUACCAUGUUAAUGCCCCACGCAUUGAUCCUGCUUCUUAUCACUUGAUACAGCAGUUGCCAAUUCCAGGAAACUUCCCACAGCAAUUGCCCCAUCAAGGGUUUUCAGGAGGUAUGCAAUUACCUCAUCAGAUAAAUCACGUGCAAAGCUUUGUACCAGAGACAAACAAUAUGCAUAACAUUGCAUUACCACAUCAGCAGUCUAACUAUGGCAGCUUCGGAAUGGGAAUACCAGGAGCAUUGGUUGGUGGCGGCGGCGGUGGCAAUCAUCCAGAUGCAUUUCAAAGGCUGAUGGAGAUGGAGAUGAGAGCUAAUCAAAAGCAUGCCCACCCUGCAGCUGCAGGCCACAUUCCCAGUAUGUUUGGUCCUGGAUUUGACAUGAACUUUCGAUACAGAUGACACUAAGUGCCGAAUCAUUCCAAUUAGUUUGGUGGUGGUGUAACUUUGGUGUGCGCUGUUCUUUUCUCGCUUUGGGUGGCAUCUAUUGUAUCUCAAAUAUCCUCAACCAAAGACUUCAGCAGAUUCAGAUGACCGUGGGGAAACAGAGAGACUUCCAUGUUCUGUAUAGGUAAGCCAGCCAAGGGGUUUUUCGUUUCCGCUCAGUGUCAGUUGAAACCUAGACUUUCAGAAGUUGCUCACUCAUGUAACAUGUAAAUAUGCGGUGUCAGAACCGUGUCAGAACUUUCUUCGGAGAUUGCUACCCAAUCACUUUAACAUUUCUCAGUUGUUUGCUUAUGGUAUCUGGUUAGCUCAUGCCAUUGUCUUCA